CACAAGAUAUCAAAACAAAGCUCCGUACUAGGAAUGGUUAUGCUGUGUAGCCGGCUUUUGUUACGGAAUUUGUACCGUAAUUACCAUUUCUAUCGAAUAAAGGACCUUUCGUUGGAAAAUUGCAAACCCGGAUGCAAAGUGAAUGUAAAGGGAUGGGUCAAAUCCGUACGAAACAUGAAGGGAAAUCUGUUUGUGGACGUAAACGAUGGCUCUGGUCCACGCAACUUUCAGCUAGUGAUAAGCAAAGAGAAAAACAUCGACACGGCGUACGGGUCCUCAAUCGAUGCGUGUGGAGUAAUUGUUGCCUCGCCAAAGAAUCAGCUUGAACUGCACGUGGACAGCCUGACAGAGUUGGGGAAAUGUCCGUUAGCGGAGGGUUAUCCGUUUUAUCCGAAAAAAUCCUACCCUCCGGAGUACAUCCGUAACCAUCUGCAUCUUCGAUCGCGCGUCAACUCAAUGGCAUCGACGUUUCGGGUUCGACAUGAGGCCACACGAGCAUUCAACGAGUAUCUACAGCAGGAGGGUUUCGUCCAGAUCCAUACACCCGUCCUAACGUCGAAUGAUUGUGAAGGUGCUGGGGAAGCAUUCCUGGUGAAACCAUUAAACGAACAGCUGCUGAAGAGUAUGGCCAAGGAAAAUGUCCCUCUAGAGCAUGCGUAUUUCGAUCGGCCCACCUUCCUAACCGUUUCCGGCCAGUUACAUCUGGAAGCGAUGUCGCACGGGUUGGACAAGGUGUACACGUUUGGGCCAACGUUUCGGGCGGAAAACUGUAAAUCCAACAUUCACCUCUCGGAGUUUUACAUGCUGGAGCUGGAAGAAGCUUUUAUGGAAACACUCGAGGAGUUAAUGCAACGUGUAGAACAUAUGUUGAAAAGCGUUACCAAAAGUGUGCUGGAACGAAGUGCGGGAGAUUUGAGUGUGGUUAGGCGGUUAACGACGGACAGUAAGCUAGAGACCGGCUUCCAGUGGAUAGACAAACCAUUCCCACGGUUAACGUACGAAGAAGCGAUGGAUGUACUGCAGGCGAACGAAGGUAAGUUAAAGUCCCCGGUGUGUCGUGAGGAAGGCAUCAAUAAGGAGCAGGAACUGUUUCUGGUCGAACACUGCCGGGGGCCAGUAUUCGUUUGCUACUGGCCAAAAGAGAUUAAGUCCUUCUAUAUGCGAGAAAAUGCGAACAAUCCUCUGCUUACCGAUGCGUUGGAUCUGCUUGUGCCGCACGUUGGUGAGCUGGUCGGUGGAAGUGUUCGUGAGGAUAGUUAUGAGCGUUUGGAACGGAAACUUCCCAACCGGGACGUGCUGGAAUGGUACCUAGAUUUGCGAAAGUUUGGCAGCGUCACGACGGCUGGGUUCGGGUUGGGAUUCGAGCGAUAUUUAUCGUGGAUAUUGAAUGUUCACAAUAUUAAAGAUGUGAUUCCGUACCCUCGAUGGGCGCACAAUUGCGUCAUGUAA